UAGUAAACAAGACAUGUGUUUUAUUUCGCAAUUGAUUUCACUGAUGAAUUUUUUUAAAGAGCACAAAGUAUAAAGUAAUUGCUGAAUCGUUUGCUGGAUUUUUUAUGAAUUAAAAUAUUGUCAAGAUGAAGAAAUCUCUCAUUUUGACAGAUCUUAACGAUGAUGUUCUCUUAAUAAUAUUUGAUGAAUGCACACUGGAUGAUUUAUUAAAUUUAUUUCAUGUAUGUAAACGGUUUCAAGAGAUCAUUAAACAAUCGACCUUCAUAAGACGUAGCUUGGAUUUAUUGUUAGUUGGCCAUCGAAAUCACAAUGCCGUUUCGUACACAAGAACGAUACAAAAUCUCUCAUAUCAUAGACGAGUGAAAAUUUUCCAAAACUGGUGCUAUGGACGUUACGAAGAACAUAUUUUAUUUCAACAAUCACAAUUUAAUCCGUCAAAGAUAAUUCUAGAAAAAGAAUUUUUAUUCAAAUCACAUAGUGGACAAUUGAGAAAAUAUACAAGAUCAAAACGAAAAGGUGAAAUAUUGUAUCGACGACCUACUAAUACAUACGGUGAAGUUCGAGAUGCUGACAUUACAUGUUUGACAAAAAGUGGUGAAUCGGUGGUGAUUGGUCGUAGGAAUGGUCGAAUUAAAUUGAUUUCAAUGGAUAAUAAUGAAAAUGAUCCAAUCGAAGAGAUCAAUGUUAGCUUAAACGAAUUUUCAGAGCACCGUGUUGAAUCGGUCGAUGUUAGGAACGAUCUGUACGCAACUGCAACACUGCAAAGAGUUUCUUUGUGGCAAAAACGUUACGAACUUGACAUACCAUAUUUGGAUACAGUGGCAGAAUUGGGUGCUGGCGUCAAAACUAUUCGUUUCUCACCCAAUGUUGAUAAAAUUGCAAUGGGUAAAUACAAAGAUACAUCUCGGCAAGCACUUCAUUUAGUAGAUUUAUCGACGAACGAAGUGCACCCAUUAGCAUCAGAUUCAGCCUCCAUAUAUGAUCUUCAAUGGAAAGACAACAAUGUAAUCCUAAGCGGACAUUAUGAUACAACCUUUCGGCUAUUUGACUUGAGAACAAACUGUGACGAACACAUUUGGGUGGACCCAUAUGAUUUGGCUGUUUAUUCUGUCUCAUAUGAUGGAAAUUUUGGCGUUUUGUGUGGCAUGAAGUAUCAUUGUCGUGUCAAUUUGUAUGACUUGCGUGUGCCAAACAAGUAUAUCCAACUAUAUUUUCCGAGACAACGUUUUCGUGGUGCCAAAAGCUUUAGUUCUCCAGCAUACCAAGUAGUCAAUGAUCAAAGCCAACUAUUUAUCUCAACUGAUUAUAAUUUGCGAGUAUUGGAUUUCGACGCUGAUUGGGCUGCGACAAAAGACUAUACAAACAUUUUUGUGCAUGAAAUGAUCGUUAAUUUAUAGCGCAAUUGUACUGCUUCGGUAUAUAUAUUUUUCAAAAAAUUAUUGGUAUACCUCAAUUUAUUGUAAACGUAUUGAAGAGGACCGUUCAGAAAAAAUGUAUGAAAAGUCUAUGGAAUGAAUAAAACUAUGUUUUUGUUACAAUU